GGAAAGUUAGGUUUUUGCUUGGGUUUUUUGAUGUUUACGAUAUUAUUAUUGUAAAAAUAAAGAGCACUUUAAUUUUCAGAUCUCCAGGAAGUUUCUUAAAAUUAGGUACAUUAGAAUAACAAGCAUCUAUCAGCAACAGAAUUUCGCCUGCCAUGUGGUGUGGUAGUUUACUCACAGCAUUUCCUAGUCGAGGACCUCUGUGAAACAAGGACUGGGUUCAAGAUGCUCGGAGAAGCUCCUUUUGUGAUAAAUGGCGGGGGAACAGGGUUGCUUAAAUUAAACCAGAACUCAACAGACGUGGACCGACAGGAAGGAAAAGAUGUAAACAAAGUUGCCGAAGAUGCAACAAGUGAAAAAGCAGACGAGUCUAUCUUGGUUAUGGACAGUAAAACACUUUUCAAACAGGAGCCUUUAGAGCAGGACUGCGAGGAGACUUACCAUAAUGUCUACGACUCGUUGUUAGAUGUGGUCAAGCAUGAAUUAUGCAGCGAUAGUCCAGAAUUAGAACAUCAGAGUGAUUGUCAUGUUAAUACUAAGGUAGCAAUAACAAGGUUCAGUUUUGAAGAUGUGACCCCAGGACAUAAUAUAAAAACACACAUUAAGGCGGAGUCUUCUCAUGCUGAAGUGAGUUUGCCCGUGGACUGCGCUCUCACACUGGACGCACCUUUGGCACUAGAACAUGCGACGAUCUCAUUCUCGAAGAUAAACGAAGCCUCUUCACUGAAACAAAACUGUGUCAAUCCAAGAAUACAACAAACAUCAAUUAAAGAAGAAACAGAUUGUAAUUAUCGGAUGAAAAGAGAAGACAUUGCAAAGUGCAGUAGUGCACAAAGGUGCUGGGGUGGCUCAAGUGAAACUGUAAAUAAACAUGACUUAGCAAAACAUGUGAGAACUCACACUGGUGAAACUUACUGUUGCAUGUACUGUAACUUUAAAUGUACGACUGCAAACUGUCUAAAAUCCCACUUGGGGAUUCAUACAGGUGAAAUACCUUCUACCUGUAACUAUCCUACUCCAAGUCUGCUAAAAUUCCACACGAGGACUCACACAGCUGAAAAACCCUUUACUUGUAACCAUUGUGACUAUAAAUGUUCGCGAAAAGAUCAUCUACUGACCCACAUGAGGACUCACACAGGCGAAAAGCCAUUUAACUGUAACCGUUGUGACUAUAAAUGUUCGCGAAAAGGUGAUCUAAUGAGCCACAUGAGGACUCACACAGGCGAUAAGCCAUUUAACUGUAACCAUUGUGACUAUAAAUGUUCGCGAAAAGGUCAUCUACUGACCCACAUGAGGACUCACACAGGCGAAAAGCCAUUUAACUGUAACCGUUGUGACUAUAAAUGUUCGCGAAAAGGUGAUCUAAAUACCCACAUGAGGACUCACACAGGCGAAAAGCCAUUUAACUGUAACCAUUGUAAAUAUAAAUGUUCGCGAAAAAGAAGUCUUCUGCUCCACAUGAGGACUCAUACCGGUGAAAAACCCUUUACCUGUAACUAUUGUGACUAUAAAUGUUCUCAAAAAUCUAUGUUAGUAGCCCACAUGAGGAGUCACACAGGUGAAAAACCAUUUAACUGUAACCAAUGUGACUAUAAAUUUUCGCGAAAAAGUAGUCUUCUGCUCCACAUGAGGACUCAUACCGGUGAAAAACCCUUUACCUGUAACUAUUGUGACUAUAAAUGUUCUCAAAAAUCUAUGUUAGUAGCCCACAUGAGGAGUCACACAGGUGAAAAACCAUUUAACUGUAACCAAUGUGACUAUAAAUUUUCGCGAAAAAGUAGUCUUCUGCUCCACAUGAGGACUCAUACCGGUGAAAAACCCUUUAGCUGUAACCGUUGUGACUAUAAAUGUUCGCGAAAAGGUCAUCUACUGCCGCACAUGAGGACUCACACAGGUGAAAAGCCAUUUAACUGUAACCAAUGUGCCUAUAAAUGUUCGCUAAAAAGUCAUCUACUGACCCAUAUGAGUACUCACACAGGCGAAAAGCCAUUUAACUGUAACCAUUGUAAAUAUAGAUGUUCGCGAAAAAGUAGUCUUCUGCUCCAUAUGAGUAAUCACACAGGCGUAAAGCAAUUUAACUGUAACCAUUGUAAAUAUAAAUGUUCGCAAAAAAGAGGUCUUCUGCUCCACAUAAGGACUCAUACCGGUGAAAAACCCUUUACCUGUAACUAUUGUGACUAUAAAUGUUCCCAAAAAUAUAUGUUAGUAGCCCACAUGAGGACUCACACAGGUGAAAAACCAUUUAACUGUAACCAAUGUGACUAUAAAUUUUCGCGAAAAAGUAGUCUUCUGCUCCACAUGAGGACUCAUACCGGUGAAAAACCCUUUAGCUGUAACUAUUGUGACUAUAAAUGUUCGCGGAAAGGUCAUCUAAAAAGCCACAUGAUGAUUCACACAGGUGAAAAACCAUUUAACUGUAACCAAUGUGACUAUAAAUGUUCGCGAAAAGGUCAUCUAAUGAGCCACAUGAGUAGUCACACAGGUGAAAAACCAUUUAACUGUAACCAAUGUGACUAUAAAUGUUCGCGAAAAAGUAGUCUUCUGCUCCACAUGAGGACUCAUACCGGUGAAAAACCCUUUACCUGUAACUAUUGUGGCUACAAAUGUUCUCAAAAAUCUACGUUAGUAGCCCACAUGAGGACUCACACAGGUGAAAAGCCAUUUAACUGUAACCGUUGUGACUAUAAAUGUUCCCAAAAAGGUAUGUUACUAGCCCACAUGAAGUUGAAAAAGCUUUUAUGUGUAACUACUGUGACUAUAAAGUAGUCGGCCAUUUUUCUUUUCUUUUUUUUUUCAAAAUAGCAGCCUUAUUUACCUUUUAUGUUUUCAUCGUAGUACCUAAGUAUAGUACGCGACAGGUUGAGAUGGCAGUUGGUGUGGGGACGCCCCGCACACCCGCACAGCCCAGCUCAAACUAUCAAAGUUAUUCUGGUGGCGUCAUCACUGCAACAUCUAGAUUCUAGACAUUAGUAGGUACCACUUUGAUAGCUUAUAUCUCGAUAACUUGACACUUCGCAAGAUUUUGUCUCAUACGAUGCAAUAUUGCAUCAGCAAUAUUGUUUAUAUUGAUGAGCUAUUGAUUAAUAUAGGUUUUACGUGUGGCCACUAUUUUAUUUUAUUUAUUAGGUACAGGAAAAUCUACAGCAGAAUAUUAGAAUAAAUUUCUUUAAAGCUAAUUACAGAAAUAUGGCCAACUAGAGGAUGCCCGCGGCUUCGUCCGCGUGGAAUUUCGAUUUUUUUAAAUCCCGUUGGAACUACUCU